CAAAUAAAUCAUUUUACAAUGACGAAUGAUAUUUCCUCACGCAUCAUGCAAUUUAACUCUGCGCAAGAAGAAAUAGAUUACUGGCGAUCUCAUGCAGAAAAUCUUGAAAACACUUUACAAGAUACAAGAGCUGCUUUAGAUGAAUUUCAAGUAUCCUCACGUGAACUAGAAGAAGAACUUGAAAAAGAAUUACAAGCAACCGAAAAAGCCUACAUUGAUUUAAAGUCACGUUGUGAACAUUACAAGAGAGAUGCAGAAGAUUGGAAGGCAAAAUAUACAGAAUCAAAACAUGAACAAAAUAUCACAAUGGUACAGAUGCAGCGAGAAAUUGAUAUUCUAAGAGCAACUGAGGAAUCAUUUCGAAAGAAAAUUCUUGAAUUGGAAUUAGAUAAUGAUGAUCUAGAAAGAACAGAAAGAGCUGCUACAUCCUCAUUAACCGAUCUUGAAAUGAAGUUAAAUAAAGCUAUAGAACGAAAUGUCAUACUUGAAAACGAAAUUCAGAUAAAAGAUAAUCUGAUGGAACAAAUACAAAGAUUAAAGGAUGAAUUAAAUGAGGUAAAUCAAGAAUUAUCAGUUCUACGAAAACAGUCAACAAAACAGUCAGAAUAUAUUAUGGAGUUGGAACAUAAAGUAGAAGAUGCGGAAAAAAAGAAUAGGAAGCAACAACAAUUACAGCAGAAUAGAUCACUUACACCUGAAUCAGGUACAGGCUAUUAUGAGUCUUAUUCUCGAAACAGAUCUACUCGUAUACCCCGCACACCAACGACUGGAUCUUUCUCAACUUCUUCAAAUCCUGUUAAAAUGGUUCAAGAGAUGGUGGGACGUGUUAGAAACUUGGAAGCAAGAUUACAAUCAUGUCGCUCUUUGGUUACACCACUUUUAAACCCACCUCCUUCAUAUAGUUCAUCCAAUUACAUUCACAGUAAUAGAGAUUCGCAUUUAUUUUCAACAGGUAGUCGUUCUUCUUCUCCAGAUACAAGCAGCAUUCACUCUGGAAGUCCUAUGAACUUUUCGAAUAUUAAAGCUAGAAGACCCUCUGAAUAUAUGAAAUUGGAUUUAGAUACCAACGAUGAAUAAAUGAACAGUAAUUCAAUUAUGUUUACAGUUAAAUGUGUUUUAUAGAAAUAUUUGAUUAGGUAAUUUAUAGCUUCCUCUUUGUCUUUUUUUUUCUCUUAUGUAAUCGUCCCUUGUUUUUUUAAAAAUUUCUAAUAAUUAUAUUAGAUAAUAGCACUCUAUUUUUCUUGAAAAAAUAAAUAAAAAUAAAUAACAUACACAAUAAUUGGAAUAGGC